GUCAAAUUAAUUAAUUGGGUAUCGAGUAUCAAGAUUUCCUAUUUAACCAUUUAAUUAAUAUUAAAUUAAAACCAGCAUAGAUUUAAUAACAUAUUGGGCAUGGCUAAUACAAUUGUGAACAAAUUACUUCUAGUGGCCGGUUUUACCAGUUUGUUGCAUGCCGCAUACUCAGCAACUCACUAUCGGACAUAUUUACGAUUGAUUGAACAAGAAUUCACCAAAUUACCACUGGAUAUUGUGGUACAAACGGUCGUCAGCUUGAUAAUAGUUAUUUAUAAUGUAAUACAAAUUGUAGGCAACUUCAAGGAAAUUCGUGCCACAGUUGACAUGCAAGCCAAAUCUUGGGACACACUGGGCAAUUUUCCCUCUUUCUAUUCAUUCAAUCACCGUGGCAGAGCCUUAUCACCCACUUAUGUACCUGAAGAGGAAUCAUCUGAAGGAGGCAAAUCUAAAUUGGAUUUGAAUUCAUAAGAACGUGAGAGGAAAGUUUACAUAUCUGAGGCACAUACGCAACACAAAGAGUUAUUUAAACAAGGGGUUUUAGUUUAAUUGAGAUAAUGUUUGUCAUAAGGCAUUUCUAUUCACUAUGUUCUUUCUUACAUUCUUUAUUUAGCCAUUAAAUACAAGAUUGUCAUACAUUUUA